UAACGUGUAGAGUCCCGUUAUAAACCAUCUCACAGGCAUCCAUUUUGAACAUCAAAAGUUUGGUAAUAUCGGAGUAUUUUGGGGACGGUUUUGUGAUUUAUGUUCAGGCUUUUGUCUUGCUACCUAAAGGGUCUUUACGCGGCGAGAAAACGUGUUGACUUAAAAAGUAUUAACACGAGCCGUUGAUGGGAUAAAUUUAACUUUACAGACCGGUUAAUGCUGAUAAAAAAAGACUGUAUAUUGCUAAAAUGAAUGAUAACAUUUGGAGCACGCAUUAUUCUGGGUAGCUGCUCAGGCACGUGCAAAAUGAGCCCAGAGGUUUGCCCGUUCUGUGGAAAAACAUUCAAAAGAUUGAAGGCCCAUCUACCUCACUGCAAGGCAGCAGCACAUAAUCCUCCAACAGAGCAAAAUGACUCCACAAAUCAGAAGACAUCCUCGCCAUUGCUGUCAACGGGUGUCGUCUUGUCCAAAACAUCAGCAAAGGGAACUAAAUCCAGGAAGGUGCCGUUGGUGGCAGCAGAGCAACAAACAAAGAUGAGUAAAAAGGAAUCAAACAUAACACCGCCGUUAACAGAGAAUACAACACAGUCAUCAACUUUGCUAUCAUCCCCGAGUUCAAAUUCACCUCCUUCAGCUAAGAAGAAGAAACAAAAGUUGACUGAUUACAUCACGGCAGCCACUGUACCAUCAUCCCCCCCUCUGUCAGUCUCUUUACCUGAGCCAGAAGAAAAAAGAAUCCAAUCACUGGCAGAAGCUUCAAAGUCAAAACAGUUUUCCAACGGCUCACCACAAGGAACAAGAUCUGCCUUUGUGGACCUGCUGACGAACUCCACCAUCUCCAGAGCCACACCCCAGACUGAGACCAAAGCUAACCCAGACAAAGUUCCACAUAACACCUCUUUAUCCUCAAACACCAAACCCACAAGGCCCCUCAAAAAGAGAUCAAAGGACAAGGCUACUCAGGCAGUUCCCACAACUGAAGCUUCUUCUGCUUCCCUUGACUCAAAAGGGAAGGAAGAUAGACCAAGACCUUGUGCAGGAGACACAAACUGGCUGUGUGAGGAGAAUAAGGAGGAUUUACCUGGGAUUGAGAGUUUCUGGAGUCCAGGAAACGGUCAUCAGGCCAGGAUUAUCCUCCAGGAUGUUAAAGCUGCUUUAGGCCGGUCUAAAGGCAGUAGUCAGUCCAGCAGACUGGACGUCUUCAGCAAGAUAAAAACUGAUGAUGAUCUAAGCAGCAACAAUAGACAAGGUAUGAAUCCUGACCCAGCUCCAGUUGGGAAUCGAACAAAUCCUGCAGCACCAUCAGACUGGGUGUCCUGCACCAGUUCACAACCUGUGGAGAGAACUGCGAACAAGAACAAGAAGGAAACUAGAACGUGUGAGUUUGAUUUACAAGAUGAUGGUUCCCGUCAGCAGGAACUAAACUCUGCGCAUUCCGUCCGCAGUCACUAUCCACUGCCUCUGGUGAGCCAGUUGAAGGCACUGACCACGAUCAAAGGCGUUAAGGUGGGCCAUCACAUGGCAGAAGUCCUCCCAACACAGACAUCACUCACACAGACUGUUAAAGAACGAGCAGCAGAAUCCUGUUCCAGGUCUGUUUUCCCAGUCGUUCAGCGAUCUGGUGCUGCGCGGGUGGACACGUGGAGAUCCAGUGAAGGGAUGACAAAUGGGAGGCCACUCCUCGAGUUUGGGAAGAUAAACACGGCUGAUAAUGCAACUGAAGAUACUCUGACACGGCGGACUCUCGGACAGGUGCGACUGAAUGAACUGCCCGAGUGGCUGGCCAGCAAAACCCCGAGAAGUCCGAGAGAUAUCGUGGAAAUGGCACAAAGAGGCUGGCAGUGGUACUACAGGCGGUAUAUUGACGUGAAGAAAGGAGGCGUGGGCGGAGUCAGCAUGCUGUUAGUGGGAUACUGUGUGCUCAGCUACAUCUGGAGCUACCCGCAUAUAAAGCGUGAUCGUUGGAGGAAGUACCACUGAGGUCAGAGGAAGCUGGUUGGAAGAGCGUGCCUGCAUGAGGAAAUAGCGCCACCAAGUGUCACUGAAUGUUUCAUCCUUCAGGCGCAUGUGGAUAAAGACCACAAAUCUUCUGCAGGUGUUUGGACCGUAGUUAUCUCCAUUUGUUCUCCUCGCAGACUACUAAUUAAGUGGAAUAGUUAAUGACUCACUAACUCCAUGAACUUCUAAAGCUAAGUCUUUGUGCACUGCAGAUGAUUGAGUUAAGCAGUAAUUUGCUCUUGUUUUUUAUUUCUCUGUAUAUCUGUACUUAAAUAACAUCCUCUAUAAUUUUAUGUUGGUUUUUGAAUGUCAUCUGUUGAUUUGAUUUGGUGAAGGGAAACAGAUUUAGGUCAACAAAUAUUUGUUCACUGGGUAAAAUAAAGUGUUUUAAUUUAUUUCAGGCGGCAUAUUGAACGUAUUUAAUGAACGUGAGCUCAAUGUGUAAACUUUAAUAUUUUAUUGCAUCCCCCAAGGACGUAAAUAAAAUCAUCGGCAUUUAUUUAUUUGUGUCUGU